AUGGCGGCCGCCUCGCUCGACGCCAACUUCAAGGAGGAGCUGAGCGCCAUCGAGCAGUGGUUCCGCGUCCUGAGCGAGGCCGAGCGCACCGCCGCCCUGUACUCGCUCCUCCAGAGCGCCACGCCCCUCCAGAUGCGCUUCUUCAUCACGAUCCUCCAACAAAUGGCGCGCCAGGACCCGGUCUCGGCCGCCCUCCUCAGCCCGGCC